AUGGUUUUUACUUAUUUGAUUCGAGGGGAUUAUCUUGUUUAUGUUGGAAUUGACAAAUAUGAGAAUGAAGAACUUAUCAAAUAUGCACUUCCUAAUGACUUAUGGUUUCAUGUUGACAGUGAAUCAUCAGCACAUGUUUAUCUCCGAAUGAAAGAUGGAGACACAAUCGAAACUCUUCCAGACGAAGCAUUGGAAGAUUGUUGUCAAUUAGUCAAAUCAAGAAGUAUUAAAGGAUGCAAAUUACGUAGUGUUAAUAUUGUGUAUACACCAGCAAGUAAUUUAAAAAAGACAAAUGGAAUGGACAUAGGACAAGUUGGAUUUCAUCAAGAAAAAUUAAGAAAACUUAGAAAAGUUAUUAAAGACAAUUCUAUUGUUAAUAGAAUUGAAAAAACAAAACAAGAAAAAACAUUAGAAGAACAUAAGAAAGAUUGGUUUGAUUAUCAAAAAGAACUAAAGUCACUUCGUGCUAAAGAAUAUCAAGAAAGAAAACAAAAAGAAGCUGAAGAUAUUAGAAGAACUAAAGAACAACAACGUAUUAGUUCUUAUGCUGAUGUAUUUGAACAUAUGGAUGAAGAAAAUGAAAAUAAUGACAACAACUCAGAUGAUUUUAUGUAA